AAUUAGCCUGAAAGAACAAAUCAUGAUCAGUAGAUCUGCUGUAUUACUAAUAUUUUUUAACUAUUAUAUUGAAAAGGGGGACCAGCUGCCACAAGCUGUGUUAGUGUGCUGUGACAAGAUUGAAGUGUUGUUAAUGAAAUGUAUUUGAGGGUCAUUAUGGCAAUAACAACAGCUGUCAUAUAGUUUCUUAGGGAGGACAACUUGUAAAAUCAACACUAAAACCUUUCAGGGGAAGGGGAAAAACCUAAUGGAUUUUUGACACAAUAUAACUAGUAAUAUGAAUUGUUGUGUCACUGUUCCAUAUAAUGUGUGUUGUUUUGCUAACAGAAAAUCAAUGAUGUAUUGCUCUCUUCUUUGCGUAGGUUUAACAUAUUUCAGAAUGGAUGUGUGGUGCAGAAAGUCUCAGUAAUGGCUGUGGUGAUGCGAAAUGUCUCAGGAAGCAAUGUGGAGGCCCAGCUGAUCUAUGCCAUCACGCUGCCCGUCUCCUGUGCCAUCAUCAUGAUCAACCUGCUCAUCAUCCUGGGCAUCAUCUGUAACCGUCAGCUUCACAACUCACAGAACUACUUCUUCCUAAGCCUGCUGGUGGCCGACUUGUGCACCGGUGUGGCACUUCCCUUCAUCCCCUGGAUGGGCCUGAACCGCCCUCUCAGCUUCUCGUCCUGCCUGCUGGUUCACAUCUUUCCCAACUUUCUGUUCCUGGCCUUUCUCUUUAACCUGGUGCUGGUGCACUACGAGCGUUACCGGAGCAUCAUGAGUCCCCUUAAGCACGGACAGCUCUGGCUGCAUCGCCGGUUUGUGCUGCCACUGCUGGCUGUGUGGAUGCUGCCGCUGCUGUUUGCACUGCUGCCUGCCUUUGGCUGGAACAACAAGGCUAUUCAUGAUCGGAAUGAGUGCUGUCCAAUAACCAACAGCACGGUGCACUCUAACUGCAUAGCACUGUCUGGAGAGCGGUGCUGUACAUACCGCAGUGUCUUUCCAAAUGCUUUCAUCUAUUUGGAAGUAUAUGGUCUACUGGCACCCUCUAUUCUGUCCAUUGCUGCCAUGACUUGCCGUGUGCUGUGGAUCACACGAGAACAACUGAGGCACAUCCAGCGUCUGCAGCGAGCCGUAGCAAACAGGAAAUGCAGACGGAGAAUGGAAAUGCGUUAUGCUUGUUGUGUAGCAGCCGUUUCCCUCGCCUUCCUGACCUGCUGGGUGCCCUACAUUGUUUACACCCAUGUAGGCAUGGAGUUUUUGCUCAGACAGGGAGGAAAGAGCAACCGCACUGGCCACAUUGUGCUGUCCUGUGUUGGUAUCGGGGGCACUGCUGUCGUACCUCUGUUUUUGGGACUCGCCAACAGGGAGUACACAGAUCCAGUCAAGAAACUGUUCUGCAAACUGCGGCACCGCCACGGACAAAGUGUGCAAAUGGACACUAGCCUUCGAUUCAGCUGAUCUAAUUGCCAUUUGACUAAUUUUUGAAUUUGUAAUAUUCAGCUAAAGAUAACCUGUGAGCUGGGUUUCAGUGAAAUGGUCUAUAGGAUGCUUGAUUGGAUUUUUUAUGUACUGAGUGUCAAGAAAAUCUUGAAAUAAUCUUUAAGUGAGAGUGUUUGUGCAGACUCAUGAAGCAACUGCUGUGCCACUUAUCUACUAUAGAGAAGGAGACUUAAAAAGUGAACAAAGAAAGUGACGUGACAUACAGCCAAGUAUGGUGACCCAUACUCAGAGUUAGUGCUUUACAUCUAACCCAUCUAAAGUGCACACACAUAGCAGUGAAC